CGCCUCCUCCCUCCCCGGCACUGCAGCAUUCGCCACUGCAGCUACAGCCGCGCCCGCUCCCGGCCUCCGCAGCAGCCGCCCGUAGCACCAUGGCCAGCACCGUGUCCGCCUACAAGGAGAAGAUGAAGGAGCUGUCUGUGCUGUCACUGAUCUGCUCCUGCUUCUACUCACAGCCGCACCCCAACACCAUCUACCAGUAUGGGGAUAUGGAAGUGAAGCAACUGGAUAAGCGAGCCUCUGGCCAGAGUUUUGAAGUCAUCCUCAAAUCCCCGUCCGACCUGUCCCCAGAGAGCCCCGUGCUCUCCUCCCCUCCCAAGAAGAAGGGGGUCUCUCUGGAGGAGCUGCAGAAGAGGCUGGAAGCAGCCGAGGAGCGGAGGAAGACGCAAGAGGCGCAGGUGCUGAAGCAGCUGGCGGAGCGGCGCGAGCACGAGCGCGAGGUGCUGCAUAAGGCGCUGGAGGAGAACAACAACUUCAGCCGCCUGGCGGAGGAGAAGCUCAACUACAAGAUGGAGCUCAGCAAGGAAAUCCGCGAGGCGCAUCUGGCGGCGCUGCGCGAGCGGCUGCGCGAGAAGGAGAUGCACGCUGCCGAGGUGCGCAGGAACAAGGAGCAGCGAGAGGAGAUGUCCGGCUAGCCACCUGUCUGCCCCGCACCUGGGCCUGAGCCAAGCCAAGAACACAGUCCGUGCGGUUUUGUUUUGUCCCACUGUCUAGAUGCGUUGCCUCUACCCUUCCCCUUCCUGCUUCUCCCUGCAGUCUUAGCUGUCCAGUCCUUGUUCCCUGCCCACACACUCUCUCUGGAGGUGCCCCAGGGUGGAGCGCUUGGCCCCUCAGUCCUGGGCCAGGCCAGGUGGCCACUGGGUCCCUUCUUGGCAGGUUCCUGGCAUAUGUGGAUUGACCUUAAUAAAUCCCAUCAGCAGUGGCAUGGG